UACACCGCGAGAUGAAGCGCUUGGCGAUCGUGUUGCUCGCUCUGACGAACCUGGCUUCGGCCAAGCCUGCAUUCCUGCCCGUACCACUGACGUACGCGAGCCUGACACCCGCGGGGCAAAUUGCUGCCGACAACGGAGCUCCGGACAAGCCGGAGGUCGCGAGGACGCAACUCGACGACAGGGUGAACGAGGCGACUCGAUCGCAAGCCUCGCGACAGUCAUCUCCGCCAACAACAACGUUCAUCAAUAACGGCCUGUCGAGCUUAACGCAGCCCGCACCCCUCGGUGCCGACGGCAGGGUGGUGGAUACCGCGGAGGUCGCAGCCGCGAAGGCGGCGCACACUGCCGCGCACGCGAACGAGCGCUUGAACCUGGCGAACGAAGCCGCGAGAUCCGGAGGUGCGUCGGAGGUCGCCGAUAACAGCGACACUCCGGGGGUGCGCGUCGAUGAGAAAAUCGACCUGGCGCGCAUCGUGGACGGUGGCGGUGCGGUGGUGCCACUGGUGUUCGGCAACGGCGUCGUCGUCACCGCGUUGCUGCCGGUCGAUCCUGAGCUGCCGGAAGUGAACGACGCGAAGACGGUGGACGCUCUGGCGGUCGCCGGGCCGGCUCUCGCUUACGGCAGAUUGGUCUACUGA